AUGAAGGCCUCCUUCGUCGCUCUCAUCGCUGCGGCUACUGCUGCCAUUGCCGCCCCGACUCCUGUCGCUGCCCCGGCUGUCCUCUCCGACCUCACUGACCUGAGCCAGCUGUCCAGCAUUGGCGGUCUUGUCAACGACCUCCACCUCGGCGAUGUCACGCAGGAGUUGAACCUGGACAACCUCCCCAAGGUCUCCAGCCUCGGUGACCUCACCAAGGUCCUCAACCUGCCCGAGUCCGCCAUCCAGGGCAAGAGUGGCAUGACCCCCAUCAUCCAGAACGGCAAGAUUGUCCAGGACCUCGGCCCCGAGCUCCAGAACAUCCUAGUCAUCACCGGCCCCAACGUCGGCACCCUGCUCAUCGAGCUGAGCCCUGAGGUUACCGCCCUCGUCUCCGGCCUCGGCCUCGGUGCUCUCGGUGUUCCCCUCGGUGGCAUCGUCGCCUCUGCUUCCGGUCUUGGUGGUCUCGUUACUGGUCUCGGCCCCUACGUUAACGGCCUCGUCACUGUCCUCGGUGCUGAUGUCGGUGCUCUCCUCGUUGGCCUCUCCCCCGAAGUUGCCGGUCUCGUCUCUGGUCUCGGUCUCCCCACCGUCGGUGUCCCCGUUGGCACUGUCAUUGCUACUGUCGGUACCUCCCUGAAGCGUGGUGAGAUCGUCCAGGACAUCACCCCCGAGGUUGGCUCCACUCUCCGUGUCACCGGCACCAACGCUGAGGAGCUCCUCGUCAAGCUGUCCCCCUCCGUCGCUUCCCUCGUCUCCGGCCUCGGUCUCCCCACCGUCGGUGUUCCCCUCGGUGCCGUCGUCGCUACCGCUGGCCAGGGUACUGGCAAGCUCCUGAACGACGUUUCCGCUCCCGUUGAGCAGCUCCUCACCGUCACCGGUAACGAUGGCCAGGACCUCCUGGUCAAGCUCUCCCCUGAGGUUGCCUCUCUCGUCUCUGGCCUUGGCCUCCCCUCCGUCGGCGUCCCCGCCGGCACCGUCGUUGCCACCAUUGGCCAGAACCUGUAA